AUGGUCUCCUCGUUGGUCUUUGCUGUCCUGGUGCAUGCGCUUCUCGGAGACUUGUGUUCCGCCAUCAACGUUACCAUCACUCCUUCCCCCUUCACGGUGGUCCAGGAGGGCCAAAACGUCACACUCUCGUGUGUGGUGUCCCAGCGGCGGCGCAAUUCUGCGCUGCCUGUCGUGAAAUGGACUUUCCUGCCGGCUGGCUCAGAUAGACCAGAUGACGAACUCCUCAUUGCUCGUGUGAACAUGCGAAAGGCUCGCUUCUAUGGAAAUUACACCAAGAGUUUUGUCUGGCCAAAGAUGAAGCUGACGGUGGUGAAGCAGGGCAAGAUCUUUGACCUGUUGAUCUUGAAUGUGUCCGAAAAAGAUCGAGGCUUAUACAUAUGUCGGGUUCAAGAGUUCAAAAAGCAACAGGAUCGUUGGAAGGCCUCAUCCAAUUCAACAGCUACAACUGAACUUAAAGUACACGUGUUUCCGGUCAUCGAGGCCAAAGACAGCCUGUGGAGCUUGUUUGAAGAUGUUUACCUUUGCGCUGUACUGAUUUGCUCCGUGGGCCUGCUGUGCAUGUGCAUGUUCACGUUGACGGUAACCUGCCAGUGCAUACAGAGGAAGGAGCGGUUAAAAGAUAAUUACCACUUAGUCAGAAGCUCUCGGAAUAGCUCUGGAGAAACCGUGACCAGUGUUAUCAAUGUGUCUCCCGCUUUACCUAAGAAGGAGAGGAGACACCGAAAGAAAAGGAGCAGAGAUUACCAAGAAGAAAUACCACCAGAGAUACCAGCAAAAGUUCCCAUUGGAGACAAAGCAAGAAUGCCCAAACUUUUAAUACCACAACCAAGGAAAUUAGUUUUGCCGAAGAUAGUGGAGGAGAAUCUGACCUACGCGGAGUUGGAUCUGGUGAAGCCAAUCCCGGAAGCAAAGGCAUCACGGAAUGGCACGGUGUAUGCUCAGAUACUUUUUGGGGAACAGCAACUAUGA